UCAGUUGAUCCCAGAUCUAAAGAAGGCGCAAAAUGGUAGCCUCCUCUCAGGCUCUCCUGAGGCACUUUGGAUUCUGCCGAUGGGGCCCGACGCCCUGGGUGCAGUUGGCAGGACCUCUAAAGCUGAGGACUAGUAACCCAGUCUCUCGGACCACUGUCCGGUUGGUGACGACCGUGACGCUGGAGCCGGCCGGCCGCUGCCGCUGGGACGAGCCCGUGCGCAUCGCCGUGCGCGGCCUGGCGCCGGGGCAGCCGGUCACGCUGCGCGCGUCCCUGCGCGACGAGAAGGGCGCGCUCUUCAGGGCCCACGCGCGCUACUGCGCCGACGCCGCCGGCCUGCUGGACCUGGAGCGCGCGCCCGCGCUGGGCGGCAGCUUCGCGGGGCUCGAGCCCAUGGGGCUCUUCUGGGCUCUGGAGCCCGAGAAGCCUUUGUUGCGCCUGGUGAAGCGGGACGUGCAGACGCCCUUCGCCGUGGAGCUGGAGGUGCUCGACGGUCACGAACCCGAGGCCCAGCGGCUCCUGGGCCGGGCGGUGCACGAGCGCGACUUCCUGGCGCCCGGGGUGCGGCGCGAGCCGGUGCGCGCGGGCCGGGUGCGCGGCACGCUCUUCCUGCCGCCAGAACCUGGGCCCUUUCCUGGGAUUGUGGACAUUUUGGGAGCUGGAGGUGGCCUUCUGGAAUAUCGAGCUAGUCUGCUGGCUGGGAAGGGUUUUGCUGUGAUGGCACUGGCUUAUUAUAACUAUGAAGACCUCCCCAAGGGCCUGGAGAACCUCCACCUGGAGUACUUUGAAGAAGCUGUGAACUACCUGCUUAAUCACCCUCAGGUGAAGGGUCCAGGAGUUGGGCUGCUUGGGAUUUCAAAAGGAGGCGAGCUCUGCCUCUCCAUGGCUUCCUUCCUGAAGGGCAUCUCUGCGGCCGUCAUAAUCAAUGGCUCUGUGGCCCAUGUCGGUGGAAACUUACACUACAAAGGAUCUGGACCUUUCCCAGGGAUCAUUGACAUCUUCGGUAUUGGAGGAGGCCUAUUGGAAUAUCGGGCCAGUCUUUUGGCUGGCCACGGCUUUGCCACAUUGGCUCUAGCUUAUUAUGACUUUGAUGAUCUUCCCAAGAAAUUUGAUGUGAUACACCUGGAGUAUUUUGAAGAAGCCCUGUGCUACAUGCUUCAACACACCCAGAUAAAGGGCCCACGCAUUGGGCUUCUGGGCAUUUCUUUAGGGGCUGAUAUUUGUCUCUCCAUGGCCUCAUUUUUGAAGAACAUCUCAGCCACAGUUUCCAUCAAUGGAUCUGGGUUCAGUGGACACAGAGUCAUAUACUACAAGGACAGCAACAUUCCACCACUGGGCCAUGACCUGAGGCGAGUGAAGGUAGCUUUCUCAGGCCUCCUAGACAUUGUGGAUGUAAGGAAUGAUAUUAUAGGGGGAUGUGAGAACCCCUGCAUGAUUCCAAUAGAGAAGGCCCAGGGGCCCAUCCUCUUCAUUGUUGGUCAGGAUGACCAUAACUGGAGGAGUGAGCUUUAUGCCCAGAUAGCCUCUGAACGGUUACAGGCCCAUGGAAAGGAAAAACCCCAGAUCAUCUCUUAUCCUGGGACUGGGCACUACAUUGAGCCUCCUUAUUUCCCCAUGUGCCCAGCUUCUUUGCACAAAUUAUUGGACAAACCCGUAAUGUGGGGUGGGGAGCCCAGGGCCCAUUCUAAGGCCCAGGUAGAUGCAUGGAAGCAAAUUCUAACCUUCUUCACCAAACACCUUGGACCUUCCCCCAAAUUGUAAUGUACUGCUCUGCUGCUGACAGGAGAGAGAGAUU